UCCACGCUUGAGAUCGAUCUUACAGUGUGUGUGUGUGUGUGUGUAGUGUGUAAAUAGCUCCAAGGUGUUAUAAACCUGGCAUACAAACUGCAAAUUAAGUGCUAAAACUGGCUUGAUUUGAAUGCAAUUUAUAGCAGGAAAAAGUGUAUUUCUUUGUACAUGGGAGGCUGAUAACUUUGUGAUGAAGUAGGGUGUUAAAUUUAAAUGUUUUGUAAAGUUAUACAAGUGUUUUAAACUUACACAAGGAAUGGUGAACUUGUAGAUGGAGAUUUAGAGCAAGCAUAUGAGAGCAUAAUGGAAUUUACCAGUAAAAAAACUAAGAGAAAUCCUAACUUUACAAGAGCUGAGAUAGAUGUUCUACUGAAACAAAUUGAGAUAUACAAAGAUGUAAUAUACAAUAACAAACAGAAUACAACAGCAAUCCACUCAAGGAAAAGACACGUCUGGGAACUAAUCACAAAAGAAGUGAAUACCGUCAAUAUGUACGGACUGGAACGGGAACAUGAAGAAGUUCGAAAGAAGUGGACAUGUUUGGCUUCAGAUACUCGGAAGAAAUUUGCUACCUACAAGAGAGCGAUAGGCCAUGGUGCCAUGUUCGCCCCUGAAAUGUCCAGUAUGGAUUUCCGUGUGGCAAAGAUUGUAGACACUGUUAAUAAACAGGAAGACGACUUGGAUAGCACAGAUAUGAAGUUUCUUGAAAUGGUCAAUGAUACGUCUAACGAAGGACCAGUGGAGGAGGAGGAUCAGGAUUCAAAGCUGAACAUUCUUGCAGAGAGUUCUAACACCAGUACGCCAAGCUGUUCCAAUGAAGAGACAUUUCUCAUUAACCGGCCAGUCAGCCCAUCAUCCGACAACAACGCCCAGGCAGCUGAACUGGAGCCAGCACUCAAACGGCGACGACACAAUUCUGAUAACGAGCGUAGCCAAAAACGAUUCUCAGGCAGCAUUGAGGAGCAGCGAUUAGCAGUCGAGAAAUGUCGACUUGGUGUUGAAGAGAGACGUCUUAUGAUCGAGGAAGAACGUCUUGCGAUUGAGCGUGAGAGAAUGGACAUUGAAAGGCAACAGUUACAGAUUGCAAGGCAUAAAUAUGGUGGAUUGAAGUUAAUGUAAUGAAACUAAUCAAACAUGACGACACAUCUUUAGUACUAUUACAGUGCAUUUUGCACAAAAUUCAGGAACAAUAUGAAAAGGAAUGGCUUUCUGUUUAAGCUGUCUGCAAACAGCUUUACUUUACGAAUAUAUGGUUGUGACAAGAACUUUUUUCAAGUGAAAAUUUGUUUACAACUUGUAAAUAAAAAUUUGGUUCAGAUACCAUUUUACUACUUUUUCGCUAUAUAAUGUACCAGUCCCUGUGUGACUGAUAAUUGUAAUAUACUUGUCAUUGUUUACAACACUACAUGGAAUACUGUAAUACAGCUAGGUUAUUUAACAUCGUUCUGAACAAUAAUGCAAUAUAUUUAAAAGAGAACAUAGCUGGAAAAAAACAUAUUGAACAAGCCGUAAGGUGAUUCUCAUAUGGUUUUCUCAGCUGUGUACGAGUCCAAAUAUAUCCUGUAUUAUACGACAAUACCCCCAGCAGAGCUACUGAAAAAGUGUCUUCUUACAGUUGUAAGUGGACCGUGCACAAGAAUUUCAGAUAAUCCCACUAGCCGAUACAUAAAUUAUUUGUAUUUAGAAAGGCCAUGAUAAUAAUCUAAUGUUUAUCUUUCGGAAAAAUAUUUUAUUUAUUAAUGCAUAUAUUUGCUCUGACACUAAUAUGCAAUAGUCACUUAUUGUUGUUUAGUCUGAUACAGUACUCGUAGAGUUUUCUAUUUCUAUCUAUUACUUGUACAGAACAACGUUAAAUAACUUAUUUAUUCUAUUCCUUAAUUAUUCCAACUAUUUUCAUUAUAAAGGCAUUGAUAUCAGUUUUUGACGUUUUCUUUGUACACAAACGAGAACUGAUCAUGGCUAUAAUUGAAGCAAAUUUAUGUCGCUUUUACUUUAGAGCAUCUGUUGAUCCAGAUUUUCAUGCCAAACCUUUUCAGGCAUUUCAGUCUUUAUCAUAGGUUUAACUUGGGACCUGUGAAUCAAACAGGAUUUUUUGUAUGCACAUUUGACUUAUAAAACGUAAAUAUACAUUGACUUGUACAGUCAUAUGUUGAAAAAUAUGAGUCUACGAUUGGUUAAAACUAAAUAUAGAAUAAAACCACUGCUUUACUGCAGUGACAAUAUUUUCAACCCAACUUCCACUAACCUGACAAUUCCUGAAGCAUAAUGACAGUUGAACAGCAAUUCAUGAUGACUAUACUUGUAUAUUUAACAAGACUUCCUAGUCACAGCCAUCAGUAACACUUGUUAUUACAAUGUCAUCUUCCAUUGCAGGGACAAUGCUUGUACUGUUUUACAUGUACAAACAACAUGUACAUUACGUCCAUGUACAAUAUGAUAAUACAUGUAUCAUAUCAAUAUUCCAUGUAUAUACUUAGGGCAAAUUUUGACAUCAUUGAAAAUACAUGAAA